AGGAAACUAAACUAAUCCCAAUAAGGCCUAGUUUACCCUCUGGGUUGGAAGGUCAGAUGGCAGUCGCUUUCGCAAAAACUAGUGCCUACGCCAAAUCUUGGGAUUAGUUGUCAAGCGGACCCCAGGCUCCCAUGAGCCGUGGCAAAAUGCCGGGACAACGCGAGGAAGAUGAUGAUAAUAAUAUAUUAUAUCUAAUUUACAAUAAUCAUAUACAGUCGCAAUGUGUAUACAUACGAGUAUGUAUAAUUACAUGACAAUGGCAGCAUCAUCCUUGACAUGUAAUUUGCCGCAUGACUGGCUUGUCCGUGCCACUAAUUGCCGUGUGUGGGGAAAAAUCAACAAAAGAAAGUAUUCGUUUCAAAGUAGCCAACUGACCGGAAAAUUGUCCUGAUUUAGGGAAAGGAUAGCCUGCGGGUGGACAGUGUCAGAAAUUUUAUGAAUUAUUUUCCGAGCCGUAUUUGACUUCGAUUUCAAGGUGCCUGUGUGUGUAUGGGUAUGUGGAUAUAGUUUGUCAAUUGACAAGUUUUACAUUAUUAACUAACAAUAAGUAUAGGCUCUGAGUUACUUAAAAUAAAACGAGGGUUAAUUAAUUGGUGUUGUUAGACACUAAUAUUGUAGCGUGUGUGGUACCUAACAUUGAUGUUUAGUUUGGAAAAAACCUAUCAUAUUAUCAUUCGCUUGCCCUUAUCCCAUUCAUUUGGGGUCGGCGCAUAUCCUUCCAUAUCUUUCUGUCACCCGUCAUCUCAUCGUUCACUCGCGUUUGUUUCAUGUCAUCUCUCACACAAUCCAUCCACCGUUUCCUAGGUUUUCCUCUGCCGUUCCAUCCCUCCACAUUCAUUCGUAAUACCUUUCUCGUCACAUGACUUUCAUCCCUCCGCAUCAAAUGCCCAUACCACGCUAGGCGAUUCGCUCUUACUUUUUCUAUUAUGGGUGCAACUUUCAGACUUCCUCUUAUAUACUCAUUCCUUAUCCUAUCCAUUCUUGUAACACCACACAUCCAUCUUAACAUUCUCAUUUCCGCUACAUGCAAUCUUUUUUCAUCCGUCACUUUUAGGGCCCAACACUCUGAUCCAUGGUCUUAUGAUGGUUUUAUAAAUUUUACCCUUCAGUCGGAGGGACAUCCGGGCGUCACAAAUUGUUCCCGUGACCUGUCGCCAUUUCAUCCAUAAAAACCUAUCAUAUCCCGAAAUAAAAUUAUAUAGCAAGCAGCCAUUGUGUCGACGUAAUAAGAUAAGGAUUUUAAAUAUGGUCAGAAUAAAUUCAUAAAAAUCACUCAAUUCACUAAGUAUACAAACAUAAUUAAGUUAUUAAAACGACGUUGCUACAUUAGUUGAGCAUAGGUACAUACUGUUAAUAUUGAGUCUUUCCUCUAUAAUUAGAUAAUCGACGGCACCAAUUUAAUUUAGUUCUAAUUGUGAUGAAGACAUCGCGUGCGUUUUUUGGGAUCCUUAAACUUUUUCCAAUUCCAAGCUGACUAAACGUAAAACGUACGUUUUCUGUGAUUAUUAAUAACUACUUCAUUAGAACCAUUUAAAUUGUGUUUUUUUUUUCAAUUAGAAUCACGGGCGGCGAGAUUUUGCUUUAUUGUUUAAAGGCCUUUUAAUUAAAGGUGACAUUCGGAUGGGAGGGGGUGACUUCGGCAGCGUUACCGCUACAGGUAUUACGCGGGCGAUGCUGCUGUCAAUCUCCUUAAUUAAUAAAAUACGUAAUGAAAAAAACGUUCUAAUUGCGACACCGCUUCCCUAAAGCUGUUCUCUACUCUGAGUUGGCGGUGGGUAGGCGGAAGCACGGUGGUCAGCACCUGCGCUACAAGGACGUGCUCAAACGCCAUCGACCCUGAGCGUUGGGAGGAGCUUGCUGGAAAGAGGUCUUCUUGGCGUUCUACCAUCCAUAGCGGUGUCAAAACAUUUGAAAAUAACCGCCUCACUAGCCUAGACAUAAAACGUCAGUUACGGAAAGAGAUACCUAUGUAAGCUCUCCUACGUGUAAAUACACGUUCAACGCAGCUGGCCAACUUUAGUGUCAUGCGUGCAAUAGAUUAUUUAAGAGCAAGUUCGGUCUGGCCAGACAGAUUAAGGCUCAUACUAGAUAACGUCCAUAAUGUUUAUUUAGGAUCGCCGUCAUCAAAAACGAUGAGGAGGACUAUAAUAUAAUUGCGACAGCAUUGCGGCAACGCCAGCAAGAGGCCAAUUCGAACCUUUACUUCUUCUUCUCACUAGUUAUUACGAAAGUAACUGCUAUCUGACCAUUCAACCCAGAGGGGAAACUAGGAGUUAUCGGGAUGACUCCGGUUUUCUCACGAUGUUUUCCUUCACGGAAAUGCGACUGGUAAAUAUCAAAUGAAUAUAUCGUACUUAAGUUCCGAAAACCUCAUUGGUACGAGCCGGGGUUUGAACAUGCGACCUCCGAGUUGAAAGUCGCACGCUUUUACCGCUUGGCUGGCUACCAAGUUCAAGAAGCGUUGGUAGUACCAACGCUUCUUGAACCUACAUUUUACACGUGCAUGUAACUAAAUGACAUAUUAUUAUAGAUAGUAUAGAUGUCAAUGAUAACUAAAAUUACUAUUAUUAUAGAUGCCAAAAUGUACGAAUACGUUUGAUUGAACUGGCCUCUAAGGCACUUUAUCAAGGGAAUUUACAGUGAUAUCGCCCGCCUCAACGCUGCAGCAGUAACGUUAUAACAGUACCUUUGCUGUGGUCGAUGUCCGGUCCGAAUGUAACCGUUAUCGUUGCCACAUUACUGCUGCAGACGGCUGAUGUCAUAAAAAAUACACAAAACCACUGAAUUAGUGCAAUAUAUGAUACUGAACCCUUAUAUAAUAUUUAAACCCUACUUGAUGGUGAACGUUUACUAACUAAUGUAAAUUAAACGAUAAAGUAUUUUCAUCGUUAAUAGCCUAUAAAUAUGAGACAGCAAUAGUCAUCCUCAGUAUCAAGCUCAACUUUGCACCGGCCGCUAUGACGGACCAAAUACGCAAAAUUUUCACUAAGCAGACUGCUGUGUACCCUCAUGAUUACAAAACAGUUCGAGUAUAUAAGUACUUCAGAAGUUCUUACUUUAUUUCUGCUAUUUUGGGCUACAACUUCUUUCCAUUUUCGAUUUUCAAAUCAAGAUUCGCUAGAUUUUUUUUUACAAUUUAAGCUUUGUCCGUGUCCAUUGGAUUUUCAUAUCUGGUACUAAGUUAUGUCAAAUACCUAGACCGUUCGCCAUAUGUUUACAUAGCUGCUGAAUACAUUACUACUGUAACAUUGCUGCUCAUUAUGAAAGCUGAUAAUCGAGCACAAUUUUUAAGGAGCCUUGAAUUGAUUGAUGAUAAACUCCAUGUUGAUGGGUCAUAUUAUUACCGAAUACAGAAAAUAACUCAAUUCUUCGUUAUAACCGCUAUAUUUAUGAGAUUUUUUUAUUCAAUGGCGGUAUGCUUUUCAUUCAAACUUAACUGUGAUGAAUCUCCUGUGAUCGUCUUCACAUCAGGAUUCAUUUUGAUUGCCGUCGACGCAAACCAAAUACCACGUUUAAUAACGUUUUUUAUGAUCAAAUUUAGGGUAUCCCUUCUAAGGAAGAAACUGGAGAAAUUGUUUAAAAAUACUGCUAUACCUGUAAUUGACACAAAAGAUAAAAGAAAAAGUCUUCUUUUGUACCAGGACAUUUACGAAGAUAUUCUUGACUCUAUCAAUAUCAUCAGCAAACAAGUCGAUCCUUUCUUCCUGCUGAGCUUAGUUUGCAGUUUCCCCAAGAUAAUGCUUCUAUUGUACAAUAUCAUUGUGCUACAAAAAAGAGGGGUGCCGAUAAUUCACUUGGUAGCCCUGGGGUUGGAGGCGACGCAAUGGGCUCUAAUUCCGUGUCUACCGGGAAUCGUGUUCGAGGUGACCCGAGACCAUGUUGACAAAAUGAAACUAUUCCUGCUGAAACACUACAAAGAUAGUACUCGUAACAAUCACGCUAUCCGAGCGGAAAUAAAGGAAUUCCUGGACUACAUCGAGAUACGGCCAUGUCGCUACUUGCUGUACCGGUUCAUUCCAGUGGACCUGUCGCUUCCAGUCUGCUUAUUCCAUCUUUGCACCACAUAUCUCAUCGUCAUGAUACAGUUCUCGCAUCUGUUCGAGGAUGCUGCCUAGAUUGUAACCGAUUACGAGUAAAAGCCUCAUUUCGACGAAUAAAAUAAGGCUCAUGGUAGAGAUCGUUCAGAAAGAGAUUUAACACAAAACCAAUUCAACCACUUGAUAGAUCAAAUAUAAACAUGAUCGCUACCAAAUUAUAUGUCUGUAUUGUAAUUAAAUUAUGAUAUACAAAUAAUGGGUGGAUAUAAAGUAGAAGCAUAACAUAAAGACAACAGCUACUGGAUUAUGAAUUUUAAAAUCGAUAAUUAGAGCAUAUCCAAUAGCAUAUAUCUAUUAUGCACUCGGAAAUAAGUUAUAUUGUUUUCGAUUGCCGCAAUAGUUACUUAUGUCAUAAAACUAUUUAAACUAGUCUCCCAUAAAAUACACUCGUAUGACAUCUAUUUCAGUUUAUAAUAGCUAAAGUUACUUAAUGUGUGCAGGUACUUAUACAAUUGUAAUUGUAACAAAGCUUUUAAUGAUUCUAAAUAUGUAUUCAUUGUAAUAAAUUUAGUUUAAACUCUGAUUCUAAGUGAAAUUUCCGGAUAGGCAUUGGCAUAACAUAUGUGAAAUUUAUAAUUCAAAGUCGUACAGGUUCAUAAAUGUUAACCUCCUAACAUUUUCAGGAGGGUUUGGGCUGGUAGUUACUUUUAGAAUGGGCCUUAUUCAAUACCGUGGUAACCUAGUAAAAAUUUGCAUACACUUUAUUAUUUGAUGCGAAAUUUGGUUACCACUGUCCACUUAUUUAAACGUCGAAGAGAACAAGGUACUCGUACCUAGUUGAAAUUUUCCAGAAAGAGAUUUUACCACACAUAAUCACUGUCAUAUGUAUUGCACGUACGCAAGGCAAAAAAACUGAAUGUAUAACACCAAAUUUAAAUUACUUUAUUAUUAUAAACAUAUAAAUAUUACAUGGAACAACUCAAUAUUCGUCGUAGCUACUUUCAUAGGGUUAAUAUAUUUUUAUAUAUCACCCAUACAACUUUCGUUAGAAUGUGGUCUAUAAAUUGAUAAACAAUAUUGAUGUUUUGACAUCAAAGUGUACUUUAUCGGUAGGUUUCUAUGUCAAUAAAAUAGCUUUGAUAUAUUACGUUUAGUGCGUAGGCAAAUAAUAAAAGAGUUUGUAUCGAAGGGUUGAUCUAUAGCAUCAAGGUAAGGGGAAGUAUGCUGAGUCAACAAUAGUUUGUUUGAUCUCAAUGUGUUUGUCGUAGCCUUUAUUUUUAUUUUAUAAGGUACAUUAAAAAUAUAAUUUUUGUUAAGGUUAUUCUAAUUAAUUACAUAUACAAUUGUAACUA